CUUUGCUAGAUUUCGAUUGGUUCGCAUCGUAGCCAUGGCUUCUACAGCGCCUACACUUUGAAAAUAAUAGCCAGAUGAGAGAUAUCAUUGUGAUCGGGAACGACACUUGACUGGUGAAUUGGUGUGGCAAUUUAUGGGAAGAUAGUGUCCUUGAAGGAGACAGACUGCUCGGUUUGGUGCUUCAGUGCUCAAGUCUUGGGAAACGUUUUAUGAUACCAAAGCCAGCGAGCUGCACAUCAAUUGACUCGGAAGAGGAACGGUUGUUGAAGCUUCAUACCGUAAGAUUACGACGCGACGUGUUUGUUUGCUUGUUUGUUUACAAAGUCGUGCUGGAAACCCUCAUUUCUCGCCACUUGACCUCUUGUGUCUCUUACCUCAAGUACUGCAAUGCCAGUGCAGCUACGCAAUUCUUCCCCGUCAACACAACAAUGGCAAUGGUCAAAGAAGAAGCAUGUGUCUUUUCGGAGCCUACUGUUGCUUCUCAGGCCCUGAAUUUGGCCUCCAAGGACUCCACUGUUGCCCGCAAAACCGAUAUGCGUCAACACUCUACCACCUCGACCAUGUCAUGGCAGGAAACUCCCCAAUUUAAUCCCGACGAGGUCAUCAUCUACUUCGCCAAGGGUUCCGAACUGACCAUGAUUGACCGGACCCUCAUCUGCAACAGCUCUACGUUCUUCGACAAAGCUUUCAACGGUCAAUUCCAGGGAUCCCGCACUGGCAAAAUUCGUCUCCGCGGCGAUUUCCCCUACGGCGUCAAAGCGAUGAUCAUGUUCCUCAAAGAAGGAUACUAUAGUUUCGACCCCCUCGCCCUGAAGCACUACCCUCGUCUGACGAUGCUCGAUAUGCACGUCCACGCCUAUAUUCUCGCCAACAAGUACAUGAUCCCAACUCUGGCCCAGCACGCUAUUUCAGCAUAUGUCCAAAUUGCUCACCGCAUCCUCAAGGACUACGUCCAAUACCACAUAAGCCUCGUCUCGCACACCUGGCUAAACGUUCGCUCCCUGGGUCAUCACCGGGACGACACACCAGUAGGAGAGGUCGAGCAGCUGCUGGAAUCCAUGUCUCUGCUCUGGAAGAACACUGUGGAUCCGCUUGAUGCCAUGCGCUUCGCCGUCUUGGACGUCAUCGCGCCGUUCCUCAACAAGUUGGCGCGCCUCAAGAUCUUCGCGAUGAUGUGCCUACAUCUCGACGGCUUCGAGGAAGGUCUGAAGUGUUACUUUGGAUACCAGGGAAUGGACUUUCGUAUCAUCAAGACUCCAUUUAUAGGUAGGUAUGAUCUCAGGUUCUUCAACACGAGCAAUGAUCAUAUUCUUGCAUGUUGA